AUGAGUGGCAGCCAUGGACAGACUGACACCCACACCUAUCAAUCCCUCUCGGAGGACUGCCCGUUUGGAUCUGUGGAGCAGCCCAAGAGAUCCACAGGGAGACUCAUCAUGCACAGCAUGGCCAUGUUUGGCCGAGAGUUUUGCUACGCCGUGGAGGCCGCUUACGUGACUCCGGUUCUGCUCAGCGUGGGCCUGCCUAAGAGUUUGUACAGCAUGGUGUGGCUCCUCAGCCCCAUCUUGGGAUUCCUUCUGCAGCCUGUGGUGGGAUCCAUCAGUGAUCACUGUAGGGCCAGGUGGGGCCGCCGGAGACCCUACAUCCUGACACUGGCCAUCAUGAUGCUCUUGGGGAUGGCCCUGUACCUCAAUGGAGAUGCCGUUGUAUCAGCUUUGGUUGCUAACCCAAGGAGGAAGCUGGUUUGGGCCGUAAGCAUCACCAUGACAGGUGUGGUUCUCUUCGAUUUUUCGGCUGACUUCAUUGAUGGGCCUAUCAAAGCCUACUUGUUCGACGUCUGCUCCCACAAGGACAAGGAGAAGGGUCUCCACUACCACGCCCUCUUCACAGGUUUUGGUGGCGCCCUUGGCUACCUUUUGGGUGCCAUAGACUGGAUGCAUCUGGAACUGGGAAGGCUGCUGGGCACUGAGUUCCAGGUCAUGUUCUUCUUCUCUGGCCUGGUGCUCACUUUGUGCUUUCUCGUCCACCUGUGCAGUAUCCCUGAAGCCCCGCUCAGAGACGCUGCCGAAGACUCUCCCUCUUGCCAGGUCCCUCAGACCCCGUCGUUGUCGGCAGAUGCGAUUCACGAAUAUGGUUCUAUUGAGAAAGUUAACCCCGAUGAUGCAGACACAGAGCUGGCAAAGGAAGGGACAAACAAAAAAGCCUCUGAACAGAAUCAGAGGUCAAUGUCGAUGAAGUCACUUCUGAGGACGUUAGUGAACAUGCCUUCCCAUUAUCGCUGCCUUUGCAUCAGCCACCUCAUUGGAUGGACGGCCUUCCUGUCAAACAUGCUCUUCUUCACAGAUUUCAUGGGACAGAUUGUGUACCAUGGGGAUCCCUACAGUUCCCACAACUCCACAGAGUUCCUCAUCUAUGAGAGAGGAGUUGAGGUUGGAUGCUGGGGCUUGUGCAUCAACUCCCUGUUCUCUUCACUUUAUUCGUACUUUCAUAAAGCUUUGGUUUCCUACAUUGGAUUAAAGGGCCUUUAUUUCAUUGGAUAUUUGCUCUUUGGCCUGGGAACAGGAUUCAUAGGACUCUUCCCUAAUGUCUACUCUACCCUGGUCCUCUGUUCUAUGUUUGGUGUGAUGUCCAGCACAUUGUACACUGUGCCCUUUAACCUCAUUGCCGAGUACCACCGUGAGGAGGAGAAGGAGAAGCAGCGGGGAGCCCCUGACAACAGUGGAAGAGGCAAAGGUGUGGACUGUGCGGCCCUCACCUCCAUGGUGCAGCUGGCUCAGAUCUUGGUUGGAGUUGGUCUGGGCUUCCUGGUCAACAUGGCUGGGAGUGUCAUUGUGGUGGUGAUCACAGCCUCUGCAGUGGCACUGAUAGGCUGUUGCUUUGUGGCUCUCUUUGUUAGAUAUGUAGAUUAG